UUAUUUCAUUUAUUCUGCAGGUUUUAAUUGAAAUGGGUUACGACGAUCGUGAUCAUUUUCAUCGUCGCCGCGAUGAACGUAGUCAAAGCCGAGAUCGCGUUCGCCGGGUUCAUGACGAAAGCCGAGAUCGCGUUCGCCGGGUUCAUGACGAAAGCGGCGAUCGAACGCAUAGACGCAGAAAAGCCAGUCGCGACCGAAGCACGAGCAGAUCGGCACGGUCGCGAAGUGGCAUCAGAGAAAUCAACGGAAAGCACCGCAGUGGGUCACGGAGCCGAAGCCAUUCCCGUGAUCGCAGUCGGAGCCGAAGUCGAGAAAACAGAGGCUGGAUUCCGAAGAAAGGAGGUAGUCGGAGCAGGAGCAGAAGUCGGGAUCGAAGACGUCAUUGGGACAGAUCGAACAGAUUCCAUGAAAAGGAAACGCCGGAUUCGUUUUGGGCGUAUCGUCGUGACGAGCGCGCGAGUAUUGCGGAAUGCGGCGUAGCUGCUGCUUGGGGUCAAUCUCCGAAGAAGCCCAGCGACGACUUUCUUUUGACUGCCCCUGAGGACAUUGUUUCGUAUCGUGACGUUCUUCUUGGUGUAAGAGCUCCGGAAGCGCUGAUCAGCGUUGGACCUUCGGCCGCCGAGCCGGAUCGAAAGUCCCCUGGCGACUCGAGUAGCUCAGACUCUGAUUCUGAAUCAGAAUCCGCGGCGAAGGCAAGGAAACAACUCAAGAAGGUCGAGAAGUUGUUGAAAAAGGCGAUCAAGAAAAAGAAGAAGAAACAGAAGAAACGAAGGAAGGAGAAGCGCGAAACUGAGUCGAAUUCAGACGACGAUGACGAUUCGAGACAGAUAGCGAAGUUGCGGAAAAUUCUUGCCGAGUCUUGUCGCACGCAAGAGGAAAAGGACGUUGUCGUUGGGCCACAGCCGAAACAAAGUGUCACCCUCACUCACAAAGAUUUCGGCCACGCUUUGUUGCCGGGCGAAGGUGCAGCCAUGGCUGCGUUUGUUGCAGAAGGAAAACGUAUUCCUCGUCGUGGUGAAAUUGGAUUGACUUCCGAUGAGAUCGCGGAUUUCGAGAGUGUCGGGUUCGUGAUGAGUGGAAGUCGACACAGAAGAAUGGAAGCUGUUCGAUUGCGAAAGGAAAACCAGAUUUACAGUGCAGACGAAAAGCGCGCAUUGGCAAUGUUCUCGAAGGAAGAGAGGUCCAAGCGCGAGAAUAAAAUCCUUGGGCAGUUCCGUGAGAUUAUUCAAAGAAAAUUGGAGGGUUCUUCUAAGAAAUGAUUGCCCUCAGCAUAUGCUAAUAAAGCUGUUGUAUUUUUGCAUUCUACUGUCCUUGCUUUAUUUUUAGUUCAGUCGGUGUGUUCCUGUCGUUUAAUUUAACACUUCGUUGUUUUGGGUCCUCGCGUGAAAUUAUUUUGGUCUUUGUUGGGGGUUUUUCAUUUUGGCAAUGAGUAGAUUUUGUAUUUCACUUUCUGUGUUCGGGCUUUCUUGAUAUGGUCUCGUUUGUCGGGCUUUGGUUGUUAUAGAAGGACUAUUUUUGGCCUUCAAUUUUAGCUACAGUCAGGGAUUCCGCUGCGUCGACGGAAGUAAUUCACGAAUUUGCAGUGGAAAUACUUGUGAUUCGGGUAUGGAUCGAACUGGUCUGAUUGGAGAGGAAUCUGUUCACACGAUUCCUUCGUUUGCCGAUCUUAUGAACCUGGAAGGUAAACCGAAUAAGACGCCGUCAUCCGAAGUGACCGAAAAAAUUCUACAGGACAAACGACUUCUGGGCAAUGUUGGCCUGCGGUUCAUGAAACGGGAAUACUCUAUUUCGAAAAGAUUUGAUAGCUUCGACUUCAUACCCUCACGUUCCGAAACCUUCGACGAAGAAAUACGUCUUGUCGAUGUGCAUGCCACGUUAGACCCCCUGCUUUUUUGUGGAGCAGAUGACUACGAAAAUUUGUAUUUUUACAAAGUGGAGUUGGAGUCGUCGGGAACGGAUAACGUUCGAAAUGUUGACAUUGUUCGGGCUCAUAACCCUACUGAACGAAGAAAGACGGAAAUUACCUUUCUCAAAUUUGUAGUUGAUAAUCCUGAGCUGGUUUUGACCGCCAGUGCAAAUGGUUUUGUUCGAGGCUUCAAUCUCACGGUUGGGAUCUACGAGAAGGUCUGUUCACGAUUUAUUCUUGCGCCGUAA